AUCCCUCUCGUCAAUCGCGCCGUCAUCGUUUGUGAUUUCUGGAAUUCAUCAGCGAGCAGCAUGCUUUGAGUCGAUCGCCGUGGCCCGUGCUGUCUAGUUUCUGUUCAGAGGCCGCCGUGUCGAUCUAGUCUGUGAUCGAAACAGCCGAGGAUUCUCUCGAUUUCCGUAGCUGAAUCCGUAGCUGGACGUUUUUUGUGUUCAUGAAGUUCUGUGGGGGGAUUGUAGGUCGGGCCGGUCACGAUGGAGCCGCGGGACGAGCAAGUUCGGGGAUGCCGGGAGAUUCUGGAGAUCAUCAGCUUGAUGUCCUUUGCGAAUUUGAGCGAGGAGCAAGUGCACAAGCUGGUGACGAUGAGAGAAAUCGCGCGACAGGUCGUCGGCGGUCAAUUCCAGGGGGUGGUCACAUGCAAGGAAACUCUAGAUAUCAUAAGUAGGAUGUCGCACGAGGGCUUAGAUGAUCAUAGAGUUCAGUUGAUGUCGAGGAUUAAGGACAUCGCUGGUGCCAUUGCUGAUAGAAAAGUGGACGCUGGCAGUGCUUGGCAUUAUGAAUUUGCUGAAAGAUUUAACGAGACUGAUGAUGCGGGGAUCAGUGAGAGCAUGAUGGACUGUGCAAUGCAAACGAACCAUGAGGAUGUUCACAUUCUGAAUAUGGAAGGACAGGUGUUCGUGGACGAACUAAUGGGGAUCGCAGUGAAGAAUGAGGAGUAUUUUAUGGGUGGAGAAUUGGUAGAACAAAAUGAUAAUGUGGAACUUCUAUCACAGUCAAUGUCUUGUGCCUCGAUAUCUUGGCCUCAAAAUGAUGAAGUAACUUUGGAUUGGGUUGAAGAUUUGAUGUUAGCACUAAAGAGAUCUUCAUGGGAAGGUGUCCCCUCAGACUUUCAAUUUGUUAUGCCUGUCGGUGUGGUCGACAAAUUGAUCGAUUCAGCCGACAACAUUCUAAGUCAAGAACCAAACUGCGUGAUUAUUAAUUGCUCUGUAGAGGAUUCAAGAGUGGUUGUAAUUGGUGAUAUUGAGGGACAGUACCACGACUUAUUGUCUCUCAUGUAUGACCAUGUCGGUCUGCCUUCGGAGAAACUAUUCUUUGUUUUCAACGGUAAUUAUGUCGGUAAAGAGCCAUGGGGUUUGGAAGUACUUCUCGUGUUGUUGGCCUGGAAGAUAGUAAUGCCUAGUAGAGUCUGUCUGCUCCGUGGCAAUCAUGAAACAAAGUCUUUCUCAUCAUCCUGUGGCUUUAAGGACGAGGUGCUGACCAAAUAUGGUGAUCAAGGUGACUAUGUCUAUAAGAAGUUUUUGGGAUGUUUCAAAAACCUUCCCUUGGCCUCGAUAAUAAGCAAUAGUGUAUAUACUACCCAUGGAGGGCUAUUCCGAAGCACACGAGUUCUUUCUUCCAAGUCGAUCAAAGGAUUGAUGACGGUUGGUUCUUUGGAUGAACUUUCUAGAGUUAAUAGAUACACUAUAGACACUCUAGAUGAUGAUCAUAUCCAUGGAGGCUCUCUAAUCUUGAACGACGUGCUCUGCUCAGACCCAUCAUCUGUUGAAGGUCUUAGGGAAAAAAGAGUACGCCAAGCAGGUCUAUGGUGGGGCCCUGAUUGCACAGAGACUUUUCUGAGCCAGUCUAAGUUGAAGUUCAUUAUUAGAUCACACGAAGGGCCUGGAAAAAGGGCUUGUCGAAAAGUUUUAGAAGCACUGUCCAAAGGAUACAGUGAGGAUCACAGUGGACUAUCAGGGAAGCUAUUUACUCUGUUCAGUGCUCCAGAAUAUACGCAGUUUCCUGAAGAGAUGGGAAUAAAUGAAGGAGCAUAUGCUAUCUUGGAGCCACCCAGUUUUACUCCUGUGUUCUGCUCAUUCAGAGCUGUAGAUAGACCAAAGGCAUGCCAUUACAUUGUCAGAAACAAUGAAGAUGAGGUGGAUUUAUAUGAAGAAGAAGUCUCGACAUCCAUGAGUCUGGACGCUUUGGGUGAUUCCAUUGCAAUGGAUCACUUGCAUUGUAUGGCUGGGACGAAUUCUGAAGUUGAUUUUGGGGCAGUCGGGAUUGAUAAUCCCCCUUCUUGGAGUGUGUUUUUGGCAGAUGAAGCAGGUAACCCACAGUGUGUUCAGCUUUCAGAAGUUCCUGACGUCGAAGGGUUGCCCUUAUCUCCCAACUCCCAGGAACCUCACAAGUCUGCUUACAAGUACUUAUUGAAAUUGAUUGCAGCACUGAAACAUGAGCUCCAAAGAAGGGAUGCUGAGAGUAGGAAUCGUAUGCAUGAGUUGAUAAAACAGAUGGAAUCAAGAAAGACUGUUGCUUAUCCUGGAGAAGAACACAGGAUUGAAGUUGACAAAAAUUCUAACCCUGACGGGACUGAAGUUGUGGAGAAAAGUUCCACCUUCACCCCAACUGGCUCUCUUAAAGCAGAGGGGAGUGCAGAGCAAGAAGCAUAUGAAUCGAGGUCUAGUUAUAAAAGAGCUGCUCCUCAUCAUGCUUCUAAACAGAUAAUAACAUAUAAGAGAGUCCGAAGUCGGGCUGGUCCAAAGAACUAGGUUCAUUGGGAAGACGCUUGGUCUGGAGGCUUCUACCUUAAACUUCAAGUGUUUCACUGAGAAAGAGAAUCUUUUUCAAAUGAUGUGACAGAGACGACGAUAUUAACUCCCUAGAAAUGGGUAUGCCAGCCUGGACAAUGAGAAUUCCUACAAGAACAGAGAGUUUAAGCAACAACUUGCAAUGGAACUAUGCAGCUCUGCUGUAUGAAAUCGCCCCUUUUAACAGCUUUCUGGAAGAGCGGUCAGCAGUUCAGCUUACUUCAGUGCAACCCUGGAGAUGGGGAUUUCAAGCUGCCGGGUUGAUGUCAAAGGCCUCACGGACUUUAUCAGUGCCCGUGCCCGAGUUGGCCUUCAAACUUAACUUAGGAAGCACGGGUUGCUAAGCGGAGCUUGAUACGCGACUUGCCGCUUGUGUGAGGAAAGACAUGCCAGUCGGAGAUGGCUUGGAGCGGUUCACUCACAAUUGGGUGCGACAAAUGAGGAAGGAUUGUUGGAACAGUGCACACUCGAGGUCAACCAGUUCCGCUCUCUUGUGCAGUGCAGAGCUUCUGCUCUCACAAGCUUACGCAGGAAUCAACUGGCUUGGCGAUUCUGUCCGUUGCACACUGUCGCUCUCCAUUUAGCGACUCUUUUUUUGUUGGGAAUGAAUAUCUAUUACCUUGACGAUAGUUAUGUUGUAUCGCAAUAGUAAAUGUGCAAUUUGCGUCAGAAUUGGCUUAAAAGCAAGCUAGCUGAUGAAGAGCGAAUAUACGAAUGAGAUAAUUUCUUUUGAUUC